AUGACAAAAGAAAAGGCGUGUGACUCAUGUCAUCGCAAAAAGAUCUUUUGCGACAGAGGCGAGCCGAAAUGCGAAUGGUGCGCCCAUCGUGGCCUUCACUGCACCUACGAGCGUGCCACCUUCGUAAGGACGCGGAAACCUAUCGGGUUAGUAUUUGCUUCUGAAGCAAUGGAACAACGCCUCGAGCGCUUGGAGCGUCUAGUGGGGCCCAGAAUACGACAAACGAGGGAAAUGCAAACCCCCGAGGGUACAAGACGAGACCCGUCGACGAGAGACGGCGGUUCUUAUGGAAUGCUUAACAUACCAGGCUAUGACCUGGGGAUCAUUAGUUCUCACGGUGGGAUUCCUGUUUUCUCCAGUCUGGCACUGAGAUGGAUCCAAGAAAGAACGGGAGACCCGAAUGCAUUCAAAGCUGCUUAUUCGGCACAUGCAUCAGAUUCUUCAGCUCCUCCAGUUCGGUACCGACCUGGCCCCGAGCUUCCCUCGAGGACCGCAGUCGAGUCAUGUCUGGCUUUGUUUUCCUCGUCGCCUUUACGCUUGGUCUGGCCUGUUGUCGACAUAGACAGUUUCCAACAGACGAUCCAGUUGGCGUACACCAGUCCUGAAACACGAUUGUUGGAAGUCCGCAUUGCAAAGCUAUGUGUUCUAGUAUUUGUCGCAUUCCUGUCAGUUCUAGAACCCGUGCACACUUCAGUCGUAUCGCUGGACCCGAAAGCUUGUGCAAAACAAGCCCGGGAUUCGCUUCUUUCUGUUUUGGAUCAGCCAACAGUUGAAGGGCUACAAGCAGCUAUCACGCUCUCAAUAUACUAUGGCUUUUCCGGGGAACUUCAAUUGGCAUCCAUGCUCCAUUCUCUGGCUUGCCGAUGUCUAUACAGCCUUGGCGGCCACCUAAAGCAGGAUUCGGGACAGCUGCGUAAUGGCAUUACCAACGACGCCAAUGGAACAGCAAAAGGGCGAGGGGAUUUCCUGCGGGAACUCUUCUGGCUCUGUUACUUUUUCGACAAGCACAUUUCACUUCGAACCGGCCAGCCGCCAUGUAUAGACGACGACCAAUGUGACCUCACAUUGCCGGGUGCGCAUACGGGCAUCAACUGCGUGGAGUUAUGUCCAGACCCGAUACCUCUGGAUAAGAUAUCUCUGGACACAGAGCUGCGUCCCGUCCUACCAGGAGACCUUGCACUUACGAUUAUCAAAUCCAAGGUUUAUACAAAGCUCUAUUCGCCUCACUCUCUGAGUAAAGAUGAUACUCAUCUCUUCAGGACCAUUCGCGAGCUAGACGAGGAGUUGGAGAACUGGCGCAUGGCUGUUCCCGCAAGUGUGAGACCGCAAUUGUCGGUCACGCAUGAAGCGCCAGCCAUUGUAACACAGCAUCCCCUUGGCAUGAAACUAAUUUCCGCCCACUUUGGGUAUCUCUAUAUAAUCGCAGCGAUACACAGAGCCUGUGGACGAUGUCACGCAUUGCGUGGUGGCGGAGAGGUCGAGGCGAGGGUGGUAAGCUCGAGCUUGGCCGUGUCUAUUCAAGCGAGCCGAUCGACCCUUAUCUACCUCGGAAGGGCUUCGAAGCUCGUGCAUAGCGAAUCCUUCUGGAUCAUAAUCUUCUAUCCUACCUGGGCCACCUUGAAUAUAUUUUUCAAUAUUUUGCUCAAUCCCGCAGGGGAGGAGGCUGUCAAUGAUAUUGGAUUGCUCGAAUUCACACCUGCUCUUUUCAAAACAAUGCGUCGUAGGCAGCUCACCGUAAAGGAGCAAUUCCAUCUCAAAGCCUUCAGCUCAUUCACGGAGGAGCUCGUUCGAUUGGCUAAACGUGCGGUGCGAAUGGAAUUGGAGAACAGCUAG